AUGAUAGAACACGGUUGCAGACAGGGUCCGCCCCUUAAGACGAAAUCAAGAGCAAACGGAGAUGCAGGGAGGAGGCAAAAGACGCCUAGGUCUCGGGAUGGAGGUCCAUACAAGACGUCGCCUGCCUCGAGAAAUAUGGGUGGGGAAAAGAAAUGGCCCUUCGACUCCGCCGGAAAUCAAAGGCAGUUUCCAUGGCAAACACAAUCCCCGAACUUAACAGCUACAAGUGUUGCGCGAAACCAGAAGCCGCAUACCACGCCAGAACUUGCGAUGAUCGAUCAACACAUGAAAACGAAGCCAGUAACACCGGACGGCCAACAUGAGACACCGUGCGAACAGAAAUCCGAGAUGCAGGAUCCAAUGGUACACAAUCGAUUGCGGGAGGACAAGCAGUUGGAAGACGAGAAAGACUGCCGCAAGACAUACGAAAAUGAUGAUUUGAAGGGCCAAACACUACUUGGUAGUCCAGAGGCGCUGGAAGACGGUUUUUUGAAAGAAAGUUUGGAGAAAGGAGUUGGGCCUGUGGAUUCUGGCACAAGCUUUCUGGGCACAGUCACGUGUCGCUCGACACAAGAUGACGAAUGGAAUCAGAGGCCCAAGAUUGUAACCAGCAACGCACAAUCAAAUCGAGAUGAGCGUCUCUCGCCCUCAACACCUAUCUCGCCUCAAUCUCCGAGGCAGCAUAUAACAGAAAUUCUUGCGGGGAAGGUGUCCCAGAUUCAAAUCCACCAGUCAACGACUCUAAUGCCUCAAAAUGCCGAUGUUUUUGAGAUGUUUCUGAACAACAAUGACUCCGCCGACCAAAGCGCCGACCCAGAAGUGCAGGAAAGGGCGACGAAUAACCUGAAGACGUUACGUAUGGAAGCUUUCAGGCGCCGUGGUGAGCUUCGCACCAAGCGCCAACAACUUCGAAGGCAAGAGUAUGUGAAGACUGAAGCUGACGCGAGAUUUAUCAAAUUUUUGACCAUAAACAUGUCAAAUCCAUUCAGAAACUCACUAGACCGCUCAGGGAGCUUAGCUUCUGAUAUUCAACCCUACUGGGAAGCAUUGCAAAGCGCGCGAAAUAAGUAUGGUCCCAUGGAGUAUGAAUACAAUCAAUUGACAGAUUCCCUGGACGAGUUGGAGUUCAAAUUAACGAAGGCCGAGAGUCAAGUGUACAAUACUGCAAGUAGCGUAACUGCACCCACUGAGGAUCUAUUUGAUGACCCGCCUGGUCUGGACGAGUCACAUUGGGAUGAUCUGUCUGAAGCGUCAUGGGCGGAUGAACAUACGUAUCAUCCCCUUCAUGCCAAACUUUUAGAUAAACUCGGUGACCUUGAUUUGGCUAAGGAGAAAUCAGACUACUUCAAAAGGAAACUUGAUGACGACCGAAGAGCCUUAAAUAAGCUCGCAGUUGCAGCAGAGAGUAAAGCCACUGAAGAUUUUCAGGAGAUGAAAGCCAGUGUGGAAGAUUUGAUCCAGCGACUGAAUGACGUGGAGUCAAAUAUAGCCAAGUUACUUACUGAGGUCGAGGUGCUUACGGCUCGUUGCGGAUCGGAAGGCAUAUACCUUCCACAGCACUCAGAAGAGGCCGAAGACUUCUUGGAGGAUAUCGAACUCCUGAGCACUGCAAAGGAAAGCCAUUUACUAGCGAAUUCAAGCGUGCCUUCUAGCGAGCCACAUCGCAACUUUUUCUUACAAUUUCCUACUCUAGUGGACAAGAAGAAAGAUCUCAAGGCCAUGGUCAACGAAAUUAACGACAAUGAACUGCGUAAACCAAACACGUUUCCCACUUUUUUGGAUGAAUCGACAGAACUUGAUAAUUUCAUUACCCAAUUCGAGGAAGGCAACAAAAGUGAUCGUAUCAAUCGGUGGCUUCUUCACAGUCUGCGAAUUUCUCCACUAGACAUCGAUCUGCUGGCUCAGAUAGUUUUAGACAUUGUUAUUAUCCGCCACAAUAUGCCUGCUUUAGAUGCUUCUCAAUAUCAACAUCUUGUUGCCUCUACUUGGUUUACGGAUGGAGCCAAUCAUCCAGCGGAUCACUACAUUCAAUAUCAAAGUCCGACCUACUUAACUCAUUGGUAUCGGCCGCAGAGUGCUUGA